AGCUUAAACAGGUUGAAAAAUCAUAAUAAACAGUAUAGUUUAUACUGUAUACAAUAUGAAAUGUAGAAUAAAUUUUUGUUAAUAAGAUUUGAUAUUUCAAAUGAUCGAUUCACAUCACGAUCGCCAUCCCUACUUAUCAGCUGAUGUUAGUGAGUGUCAACUCACUGGUUAACAUUGAAAUUUUGUUUACUUAUUUAUUUAAGGUACAUUUUAUGUAGUUUGUGGGUAAAUUAAAAAACAUCUUCACAAUUUUAGGUAAUUGCAUAAAAAUUCUACUUGUAUAUGGUCAAUACUAUAUUUAAAGGCAGUUUCUUAUAGCAUGAAGUUAUUUAAAAAUGAAGAAAGUACAAGGGAAUGAUUCCUUUCAGCGAAUUAAUUAUCUACAUCAGGUUAGUAAAUACAUGUCGAUGAAGAAUCCUGCACUUUCAUCUUACUAUGGUAACCUUAUUGUAAGUAUCGCCAAGAAGAAUGUCUUGAAGAUCCAUCCUGAUAUCAAAAGACAAAUGUGCAAGAAAUGCAGAUGCACUCUUAUACACAAUGUCACUGGCAAAAUGAAGAUUAGAAAUAAGAACAAAUUGAAAUUUGUUGUAUGGACAUGUUCUAUCUGCAAAACAGAAAGAAAGCUACCGAUAGAUAAAAAUAAAGAUCAUACAUUAUGGGUUGAUAAGCCAGAAGCUGUAGUUGAGAUAAUAAACUAGAAUUAAAACAUUAUUCUUUCAUUGAUCCUUAAUGAAUGUUUAUACAACUGAGC